UUGCUAUUUUUAGAGUGGCAGCAGUAGCAGAUAAGGUUAGCUUCCACGCUGGAGUUCAGAGUAUAUAGAUCAUUGCAGAGGAAGUGUUGGUGUCUGAGAAAGUGUGUAAACGCAGCACCAACUUCAUUACUAUCUUAUUUUGAUUCCGAGACAUCAGGCUUGAGAAGGUUAGGGAUCGGUACACGGGAACUUUACAUAAGUUUUCGUUGCGUUCCAAAUCUGACUCGCCUUCCCGGCCGGUUGUCCGAAACCGACAUUUAAAACUGGAUUAAGUGGGAGUAGCGACAGUUUUCCCGAUCCGCAAGAUCCCAGCGAAGGCGGCUGUUAAACUCUGAACUCUCAACAGGAAGCGGAGACUGUCCCGCGGCAGCUUGAGGAAUCAUUGAGCGCUACUUGUAAACUUUUGGAGAAGUUCCGAUUCCCGAAGACCGCUGUCCCGCUGGUCACUCUUCUGCGUCUAACAAGAUGGAAACUACUUUUUACGACGACUCUCUGAACAGCGCCUUCUCUCAGCACGGCAGUCCCGGCUACGGAUACAACCACAGGGUGUCCAAGCAGACCAUGACGCUCAACCUGACCGACCCCACGGGGAGCCUUAAACCUCACCUUCGGGCGAAAGCUAAUGACAUACUGACCUCCCCAGACGUGGGACUGCUGAAGUUAGCCUCCCCGGAGCUGGAGCGGCUCAUCAUCCAGUCCAGUAACGGUUUGAUCACCACCACCCCGACCCCGACUCAGUUCCUCUGUCCGAAGAACGUGACGGACGAACAGGAGGGCUUCGCCGAGGGCUUCGUCAGGGCACUGGCGGAGCUGCACCACCAGCACAUGCCCGGUGUCACGUCUGCCCCGCAGACCAGCGUCAACAGCGCUCUGGCACCCGUCUCCUCCGUGGCGGGCAGCACGGCUUACAGCUCCACCAUGCGCUCCGACCCACCUGUGUAUGCUGACCUGAACACCUUCAACCCGGCCAUCAGCGCCGCGCAGGCGUCCGGCUACAGCGGCGCAAACUCGGCUCUCAGCUAUUCCACAGCUGCGGCGCCCCAGCACCCCAUCAGCACGCUGCCCGUCCAGCACCCGAGGCUGCAGACGCUGAAGGAGGAGCCACAGACGGUGCCCGAGAUGCCGGGCGAGACCCCUCCGCUGUCCCCCAUCAACAUGGAGAGCCAGGAGCGCAUCAAGGCUGAGCGAAAGCGCAUGAGAAACAGGAUCGCCGCCUCCAAGUGCCGGAAGAGGAAGCUGGAGAGGAUCUCAAGGCUGGAGGACAAAGUAAAGAACCUAAAGUCGCAAAACUCGGAGCUGGCGUCCACGGCGAACAUGCUGCGGGAGCAGGUCGCCCAGCUCAAGCAGAAGGUCAUGAAUCACGUCAACAGUGGAUGCCAGCUCAUGUUGACACAGCAGCUGCAGACUUUCUGAAGAAAGACACUCAGUAAAGGACUAAAGUGAAGUGGCAGUAUAGCAUAUUGCGCAUUACUGGCCAGACCGGGAUCGCCUCUCGUCCCAGCGCCCAGGAGUUUCGGCGCGACAGGAUGGGUGGGGGGGAUUUUCCUAAACAUGACAAAAGCUACAAACGGCACGUAUUCUCACUGUUUUGUUUCAUGCUGUUUUGUGGUAAGAUGAGACUUAACCUUCUCUUCGACCAAGUCUUGCAUGGACCCAGCCUUGGAGAUCAUUCAGUAUUAAAGUGCGAUAGAUUAGCUGCCCGUUACGCUGCGCCAGUUCAAAGGCGUGUCCUGUAAAAGGCUUUUGAUUUUAAAAGCUGCCCGACUCGAGUUAUAAAUGGACAAUUCUUUUCUUAAUUGUAAUGAAUUGUUAGAAGCUUCGAGUUUUCUUUUCUUCAAGUUGUUUAAUGGGGUUUAACUCAUUGUUACCUGUACAUAAUGCGAAUCUGGAGUUAUUUCAGUUUUCCAUUUUAAUACAGUAAUUUUAUGUUCUGAGCACCUCAGAAACUAAUCAAUAUUUAAGAAUUGUAAUAAAGUGUAAAAUUUUAACUCUUGUCU